GCUUCUGCAUUGCAAAGAAGAGGUCGUGCAGGGCGUGUACAGACAGGUGUGUGCUUUCAUCUCAUCUCCGAUGAACAGUACAGCAACUUCAGCACUCACGCUCGCCCGGAGAUGUUACGGGUAGCCCUGGACAAUCUGUGUCUGCAACUGCUCAAGAUGAAUGUGUGCAAUCCGCAGACAUGGCUGAGUGGCACGCUCUCGCCCCCCUCAACGGUACGUGGACUGUAUGAGGAUGUGUUUGUGUAA